ACCAAUUUCUCUCUCUCUCUCUCUCUCUCACUCAGAGCCAACUGGCUAAUUUGAUUGAUUCAUUUAAGGUAAAAACAAAUGGCGAAAGGCUUGAAGAAAUGAGAAAAGUAGUCUAGGAUUUGAGUGUGAUUCUUUUGGUCUUAUCCUGCUAUACCCUCUUUGUAUUCUAUUUAUAUACGUAACAGCUUCAAGAAUUUGCUUAUAUGUCAAAACUGUAAACCCAAGAGGGAAAAAAAAGUGUUUAUAAUGAAUUUAUCAGCUUCACAAUGUGGUAGUGGUUGUGAAUCUGGUUGGACUUUCUACUUAUGUCAAUCCUCUUACUCUCAAACCCGGUGUCAAAAUUUUGGCGGCAACUUUGAUGAGGUUUAUGGGGUGAAAGGAGCUAGAUUCGGGGUUGAAGAUGAAGAGGAGGGUUUAUCCAUGGUGUCUGAUGCAUCUUCUGGUCCAAGACAUUAUUACUGCCAAGAUUAUGUGGAAUGCCUCGAUGAAAAUAGAAGCUUUUGUUCUCAUCCUGUAAAUCCUGAACCAGCUAACAAAACCAGCAAAAACAAAAAGAAGAUGAAAGAACAUUGUAGCAAUAAUCAACAACAUUCUUAUCUAGAUGACACUGCCAGCUCUCCUGUAACAAGCUUUUCCGAGAAGAACAUCAACAAAGAUGCUUCAAUGGAGUUGUUGGACUUUUCACAAGGCUUUUCGGGUACACAUUUUAAGGGCAAAUCAUCAUCAUUCCAGAAAAAACUUGGUUUCCUAAAAACUGGAAAAGCAGGUUCGAAAAACCUGCAGGGAAGAAGCAAGGAAUGACAAAAGGGUAAAUGGUAACAGCUUUUGUCUCUACUAAUGCAGCUGUUCUGGAGAGAGAAAUGGGAGGAAUGUUGUAGAAAAAGAAAAACAAAACAAAAAGGCCUUAGAUCUCAAAGGGAUUUUGUUCCUUCCUUUUUACUCUUGUUUUUAAUUCUCCGAGUCUACUCUUUUUUUUUUUUAAUUUCUUUCUGUCAAUGCAGUGGGAAACAACCUGAAAACAUUAAAAUAAAUUAAAUUUUCGAUGUCAUUGGUAUAUAUGAAAUUGCAGGUUUUCUCCAGUUUAUUUUGCUGA